CAGGAGGCACCACUGCGACCAGCAGUUCCCCUCCACGCAGAGCUUUCUCCAUCUCGUCAUGUGUGCUUCUUCCUCGCCUGAACUCACUUGGCUGAAGGUCUUCUGCUUUGGGUUCUUUCUGGUGCUCCGUGGGGCUGCCGGGCAGUCCGUGGCGUCGCCAAGCUGUCCAUGCCUCGACCAACCCCUUGUGGCGGCGGCACUCGCCCCUUUCUCCAAGGACGGCGGCUACGAAUAUCAGACGUACAGGUGCGCCGGCCACUGCAAUGGGGCCCACUCGUUGUGAUGGCACGGCAUUGUGAAGGACGUCUGUUUGUGUCCUUCAGGUACCCAGGUGACUACGGCGUCAGCUGUGCGACGCACGACAGGCUUCUUCCGCCCUUCUGUGCGAAUGCCGAGGGCGCAGUCCGCAGCGAUGCGCCCACUUGGUGCCAUGACGAGUGGUGCUGGAUUGAUGACAACGACUGCACUCUGCCGCUCAAGUAUCGGUCGGCCUACUUCCCGUCCUCCGGCCUCCACUUCUCCUAUCAGACUUGCGGCAGCACCAAUGGCUCGUGGCAAAGGUGGUUCAAUGAAAGUGCGGCUGAUUUGCGGCCAAUCGAUGAGUUGGCUACAGUUGUGGAAAACUAUAUCUUCUCAAUCCGAAACACAAUCGAGGGCACUCUUGCGGACAUUGACGGAGGCGGUGUGUGCUCCGUGACCUCAUGCAGCUGCCCUACUUGCAGCCAAAUCAUGGGCUCAGCUUGGGGCAGUCAGAGUCUCGACCUCACGGCGACUGUUUUCAAAGACGGCAGCGGAAGCGCUGUCUCACAGCAGUCACGUUGCAUGAGCAACGUCGCCUCAAGCGUCUUUCUACGCAUCGCUGGAAGUGAAUACGAUUCUACCUCUCGUCUUGGGUAUCUUUAUGGCGGCUUCCAGACGGACGGCGCCUACGUUCAGUGGCCGAGAAUGGACUGCUCUGAACUGACCUUUGAUCCACGAUAUCGCCCAUGGUAUGCUUCGGCAUCGACGGGUCCAAAAAAUGUGGUAAUCGUGGUCGACCGAAGUGGAUCGAUGUCACAGCAAAACCGGAUGUGGCUCGCACGCCUUGCAGUGAAGAGCGUUAUCGACACGCUGACCUGGAAAGACAACGCAGCCCUCAUUGCUUUCAAUGACCGUGUCGGGGGGUUCACAAGUGCCGGGAACGGCUUGAUACCAAUGACGGGCGACAACAAAGCGAGCAUGAAGAGUUACGCUGAUGGGCUCGUUGCGAUCGGAGGCACGGACUUUCGACUGCCGCUGGACAGGGCAAUGCAGAUCUUGUCCACGGCCGGCACAGAGGGGGGAUGCAUUAAUGCGGUGCUCUUCAUGACCGACGGUGAAGCGCCCUUCAGCGAUGCAGACUUCAGUGAUAUCAAACAGCGAGCUUCUGCUAAGGGUGCUGCCAUUUUCAGCUAUGCAUUCGGCUCUGGGGCAGCCAGUUAUGUGCCUCGGAGACUUGCUUGCGAAAACCAAGGCGAGUAAAGAGACCUUGACAAGACUUUGCCUCCUUCUAGUCAUUAUAUUUGUCACAUGUCUCCCGUCGUCAGGUGUCUUUCAUCAGGUUGCCGACGGUGGCGACCUAUCCAAUGCCAUGUCGAGCUAUUAUACCUACUUUGCCGCUGGGACAGGCUACCGAGGUGCCAGGUGGAUUCUCUACUCUGAUGCAGUGACUGGAACUGACCUUCUCGCCGCAUGCACCCCGACCUACGAUCCACGGGAGGCGGGCAGCGAGCUCAGCUCUCUUGUCGGCGUGAUGUGCGUGGACGUCAAUGUCAUCGUGAGCCUUGAUGUCUUGCGGCUGCGGAGCGAUUACUCGGCCUUCAUCAGUCGAGUGGAGGCGGACACUGUCCAGUGCACGCCUCUCUUCCAGGGGCUGUCGGGCUCCCUCAAGGAGAGCGCCUUGGAGAAGGUGAGACAACGACUGGCAUCUGCUGGAGCCAGCAGCUGUGAGGGCUUCCUCGACGACACUGACGAUGAUGGCGGGGGAGCCGGCGACGCCAUUUCUGCCGCUGUCGCGAUUCCAAUCGUUGUCGUUGUCACUCUCGGAGGGAUGGGAUGGUUUUAUCGGAGACACAGGAGAAGAAAGCAGAACCAAGUCUGUCAUAUGAUGAACGCUCCUGUUCAUCAACCACAUCCGCCCAUUCAGCCCGCUGCGCAGCAAUACGGAGCUCCAGGAGUGAUUGUCAUGCAGCAGCCACCCCUUCAGCCAGCGCCAGUCCACCAGCAGCCGAUGGUUGUCACGACUUUCCAGCCUCAGCCUCAGACUCCGCCACAGCCGCAGCUGAUUGUGCAGAUGGGAGAGCCUCAGGCUCAGAUACCGAGCCCGAUCCAGAAUUACGCCGCCGACACAUCGGCGCGGCCUCCCGCCUAUUAGCGUCCAUCCGUGAGUAGCAUAGCCCAGGGGCAUGCACAUUAUGCAGAUACCCGUUAGAUACAUACAGGCAUUCGUGUACGUCGGCUUUGCUAAUGGUAGAUCCCGUGUGGGCGAACUAGUGACAUGAAUUAGCACGCAUGCUCUCACAAUCGGUGUGAAUCGGUUUGCACUCGCUGUGCAAGGCGUGAGUGGUGUUUUCUGAGAGGGAGAUGGCAUCCAUGGCAUGAUUUGGUGUGGUGAAGGGGUGGGCAACGUCGUGUGACCUUGCAUGUAUGUAUUGACCGGUAAAGCAGUCUUCCCCC